AUGACUGCUGCCCCAGUCGCGGAGAAUGGGAACAACACGGGGUCUCCGGACUCAGGGUCACCAGCCCCACCCAGGCAGAAGUCCUGGCUGGGACAGCAUUUCUCAGUGCUACUGUGGCGGCGGGACUCACAGGCCCAGAAGGCAGGGCAGCUUGUCUCAGGGCUCCUGGCCCUCAAUGUGGUGUUCCUGGGCGGAGCCUUUAUCUGCAGCAUGAUCUUCAACAGUGUGGCCGUCACACUAGGGGACGUGUGGUUCCUACUGGUCGCGCUCAAGCUCCUCUCGCUCCUCUGGCUCCUGUACUAUGUGGCUGGCACCACCCACCGGCCACACGCUGUACUAUACCGAGAUCCUCACGCCGGACCCCUCUGGGUGCGGGGCUCCCUGGUGCUCUUUGGCAGUUGCACCAUCUGCCUCAACGUCUUCCGUGUGGGUUACGAUGUGAGCCACAGCCACUGCAAGUCCCAGCUGGAGCUAAUCUUCCCUGUCAUUGAGGUCAUCUUCAUCUGCAUCCAGACCUGGGUGCUCUGGAAACACUGUAAGGACUGUGUUCAGAUCCAGACCAACCUCACUAGGUGUGGCCUGAUGCUGACCCUGGCCACAAACCUGUUGCUGUGGGUUCUAGCAGUCACCAAUGACUCUAUGCAUCGCGAGAUCAAGGCUGAGCUCAGCGCCGUCAUGGAGAAGUUCUCAGGCAACGAGACCAACACCUGUUUCUGCCUCAAUACCACGGUGUGUGAGGUAUUCCAGAAGGGUUACCUGAUGCUCUAUCCCUUCAGCACCGAGUACUGCCUCAUCUGCUGUACUGUUCUCUUCGUCAUGUGGAAGAAUGUGGGCCGCUGCCUAGCACCCCACACGGGACUCCACCCCAGCACCCACACCUUCCACCUGCACGGGGUCAUCUUCGGGCCUCUGCUGGGCAUGCUGGUGCUAGUGGCUGGUGUGUGCGUCUUUGUGCUCUUCCAAAUCGAGGCAAGUGGCCCGGCCAUCGCGCACCAGUUCUUCACCCUCUACUAUGGCUUCUAUGUCGCCGUGCUGCCCGCCAUGAGCUUGGCGUGCCUGGCAGGCACAGCCAUCCAUGGGCUGGAGGAGCGUGAGCUGGAUACAGUCAAGAACCCCACACGCAGCCUGGAUGUGGUGCUGCUGAUGGGAGCGGCGCUGGGUCAAGUGGGCAUCGCCUACUUCUCCAUUGUGGCCACCGUAGCCACUGACCCGCAUGAGCUGCUCAACCGCCUCAUCCUGGCCUACUCGUUGCUGCUCAUCCUGCAGCACAUCGCCCAGAACCUUUUCAUUAUUGAGGGCCUGCACCGGCGUCCCAUCUGGGAGGCAGCCCAGAUGGAUAAGCCAGAGGCUGGGCCUUCCCGCAGGAGCUCCCUGCUGGAGCUGGGCCAGGGCCUGCAGCGGGUCUCGCUGGCCUACAUCCACUCUUACAGCCACCUAAACUGGAAGCGGCGGGCGCUUAAGGAGAUCUCCCUCUUCCUCAUCCUCUGCAAUAUCACACUGUGGAUGAUGCCGGCGUUUGGCAUGCACCCCGAGUUUGAGAAUGGGCUGGAAAAGGAUUUCUAUGGCUACCAGGCAUGGUUCACCAUCGUCAACUUUGGCCUCCCUCUAGGGGUCUUCUACCGCAUGCACUCUGUUGGGGGACUGGUGGAGCUCUACUUGGGGGCCUAA